AUGCGGCCAUGGAUCGUUGCAUCUGCCUUGGCUACGUUGAUGUGUUUCACAUCAACUUGCUACUUCUUUGCGAUACCCGAAGAAAUCAAGAAGAGCUCCACUAGCCGCGCUGGUUACUGGGGCCAACCAGAUGCCGAGUUCAACUGGUGCGAGCUGGACUAUCAGCUCGUGGAAUGGAUUGCGGAGCCUGUGAACACGGCUUCUUGCUUGGUCAUGGUCGCUUUGCCACUGAUGUUCCUUGCCACGCACGAGGCAACCUUAGACAACACGGUCAUCGGAUGGCUCGAAGUCGCCAUUGCUCUGGGUAGCAUCCUCUUCCAUGCGACGCUGAGAUACCCGAUGCAGCUUGCUGACGAGAUCCCGAUGCUGUGGUAUGUGGCUGCCGUGGACUCCAGCUGCUUGUGGCGGCUGCGAGGCAUCGAUGUCUCGUAUCUGACUACCGGGUGGGUGGCGCUUGUCACCGGGUCAAUCCUGGCUACAGAGCAGCACUCCUUCAUCCAUGAGAUAUUUCGUGGCCUCAUGACCUUGUCCUUCAGCACAGGCCUUGUCGUGAUAG